AAGCUUUCAACUAUGAAAAUGGCUAACAACUUGGGACUAUCCUCAAUCCUCUUCUCGCUUCUCUUCUUCUCUUUGAUCAUUGAAACUAGUUUGGGAGCUCGUAACUUGAAUGAAAAUGUGUUAGAUUGGGUGAAGAAGGACCAUCGUCGUUUUCUUCGUGCUGUUAUUCAUGUCUCUGAUCUCGACCAUUCUAUCAAAGUUUACACGCGAGGCUUUGGAAUGAAGCUUUUGAAGAGAAGGAACUUUCCAGAUCGUGGCUAUAAAGAUGCCCUUGUUGGAUUUGGACCUCAAAACACCCACUUUUUGUUGGAACUCAGACAAAGGGAUGGAUUGAGCAAUGUAUUUAUAGGUACAGAGUUUGGGCACUUUGGAAUUGCUACUCAAAAUGUCUACAAAUCUGUGGAGCAAGCUCGAGCAAAUGGCGCAGUGGUAAUUCAUGAACCCGAAAAAGUUAACCAAACUAUAUUCGCAUUCGUGCAAGAUCACGAUGGGUAUAAGUUCAAGUUCAUCCAAACCCCCUCACCCCUUGACCCUCUCUCCCCAAUAAUGCUUCGUGUACAAAAUUUGGAUCUCUCCGCCAACUUCUACUCAAAGGCAUUGGGGAUGAAACUCUUUAAGAGGCAAAACAAUUCAACAGGAGAGUUUAUAUUGGCUACAUUGGGCUAUGGAACAAACCAAAGUAAAACCACAUUGCUCGAAUUGGAAAAAAGAAAUAACAUCUCUCGUGAUGAUGGACGAGAUGGCUAUUCAAUGCUUUAUAUUAGUACUGACAACGUAAACAAGACGGCUGAAGCUGCUAAAGUGGUAAUCAAAGAGCUUGGUGGGAACCUAAUCAUGGAGCCAGUUUUGGUGCCUACCAUUAACGUCAAAAUGACUGGAUUUACUGACCCAGAUGGGUGGAGAAUGAUUAUGGUGGACAACAAAGAUUACCGAAGAGGAACGCUUUAGAAAGAAGGGGUAGAAAA